UAAAAAUGAAAAAGGGGAAAACUUCACAAGCAACUCUCAAAUCGAAAUCACACUCUUCAGUAUUUCAAAUAAAAGAUGAUAUCGUGCUGCCGCCACUGGAUGAACUAAUCAUUCGCAUCAGAAACCUUCGGCUUACGGGUCUGGAACGCGUGCCCCACAUCGUCACAGUUACGUUUUUUGACCAGCUUCUGAUCAGCGAGCCGAUCAUGCCGAUAGGAGCAAGAGAAAUCGAAGAGGAGGAACCGUACGUUUGUGGAGACAUUCGGAGACACACCUUGCUACGAACGUCUAAUAGUCGAUGUGAAACCCACAUGAAUAUUUCAAAACGCAUGGAACCAAUGAAUGAACCGACUGUUCUACAAAUGAAAAGCUGGGAUAACUUGCCUCUAAUCAAGAUGGAACUUCAAAUGGUGCGACAUCCUGAUAACAAGUUCCAUCACCAAACCCUAGACGCUGCCAACAUCAUGAAAAUGACUGUCGUCGCAGCUUGUAAUAUUAUUAAUCCAUAUGACAAAUAUGCCGAGUAUAUUGCUGCCUCUAAAAUACGAAUAAGUCAAGAGGACCCUUCAGGGAUCGAAACGUUCAAGCAAAGCAUUUCCUAUCCGAAAAGGUUUUCUGUUAACAAUUUUUACCCGAAAUGGGCAAGCAUUUCUUGGGACGAUUCAUUUAGGAAAUGUGAAGAAAAGGUCUCAUACAGUAUGGACGACUUGCAAAACAAUGAAAACAUUGAUAUUAAUCAUUACUUAAGCAAAAAACAAAGUAAUUCCGUGGUGUGGGGUUCCUUCCACCGCAGCCUGGUGCUGUCAGAUGAUGUUCUCAGUAAGUACUUGCGCCGGUACUAUUGGCCGAUGGAAUUCCACAUGAUCAGCGAGGAGGGUGGAUACAGCUUCAUGGGCCUUCUGGAUUUAUCCAAACUUCUGUAUCCUGGAGAGACCGCCGCGCGGCUGGUGGUUCCCCUCCUAUGGUUGAACAGCUUCGUGAUGAUGGACAAGUGCGGCUGCGAACCGCUCCUGAACGCCAACGAGAAGACGCCGCGCUCCACGGCGGCUUCCGCAGGGCAGACAAUCAAGGAAACAGCGCCGACAUCUGGGAGUGCGGUCACGGACGACUCGGUACCGCAACCGCCGCCGACGGGAUCCGAUGAUGGCCCGGCAUUCAUGAUCGUCGAGGUCACACUGGCUCGGCCCUUGCUCAAGCCGACUAUACCGCCACCCAUUCCUGAGUCAGAAAUCGACAAGAUGAUCACUGAGAAGACAGAGGAAAUGCUUACGUGCACUGGGCGUGGGCAGCAGAAUACGGAAUGGCGUGAUACUGUGGCCAGCGGCGCUGAAGUGCUGCGCAGGCUACCGCACUACGGAUUAACGGAAUUUUGCUCAUACAACCGCCAGCUGAGUAAAACACGCACCCGCAUCGAGCUGACCACCUCAUUCUGGCAGGAAGCAGCCGUCUACGUCAACAACAACUUCGUCGUGCAAGAUUUUGUGGACUCUGACAACACUUUUGAAGAGAUGGUAAUGAUGGCCCACUCGUGCCUAGUACGCGAGGCUUCCAACACUCUGCUGGGCAGCGAGACGGAGCAGGAACACACUCUGCGGGCCGCGAGACACGCCCGCCAGAUGCAAGACGUUCAACACGCCACCGAACUGUAUUUGCAAUUGGUGACGAAGAAUCAAAAUAACCCGGACAGCUGGCGAGAACUGGCCACUUGCCUGAUGGACGAGGAUGUUGACCUCGCGAGGGUGUGUAUCAACGAGGCGCUGCUACUGAACCCCAGGCACCCCCUUACGCUACUCUCGAAAGGGUCCAUGUUAUACGAAGAGGAUCCGGAAUCAGCAGAGUUGUUUUUCACGGCAAUAUUAUCAUUGUAUCCAUUUUGGACCUCCGGUUGGGUUAUAGCGAAGGCUUUUUAUAUCGAGCGGCAGGAGUUCGUCGUGGCUGAUAAAAUCCAGAAGUGUGUUAAUGAAACUAGAGCCGAAAAACUGACUGAGGACUUAGCGCCGGAACGUGGGUGGGAGAAGGAACUCGGUGACUGGUGGUAUUCCACGCCUCUUCUGCCUUCCACCAAUCAAUAUCUAGAAGCUGCUGAUCUCCUAUUGAGAUUACGAGCAAUGUCGCUAGCGGAAAUGUGCCUAGCACGAGCGCUCUCAAGCCAGGGCCCGAACCCGACGUAUUCGCAUCUCGUGGCGCUGGCCUGUCGCCUGCGCGGUGACGUCGACAACGCGCUGUGUCUUCUCAAAGAAGGAUUUGGAUCCUUUGGAGAGAUUAACUAUUUACACAGUUUAAAUGCCGAAUGCUUGACAAAAAAGGAUGAUCAUAACGCAGCUUUGACAUCUUACGAGAAAGCUGGCAACUGCGUAAACACAUACAGUAUAUUGAUCGCGCUGCCGGGCCGGGAUCCGCAGCGAGCGCGCAGCGUGCUCGUGGAUCUGCUGCGCCGGCAACCCAGCGCAUACGCCUGGAUGGCCCUCGCUGACGACUGGCUCAUGCGCCAGGUUGCGGCUGGGAAACUCACCGGCGCCGGCGACGCGGACGCCGAGGUAGCGAUGUCGACAUGCGCGGCGGCCUGCGCGGAGCAGGCGCUACGCUGGGACCGGCGCUUUGCGCGGGCCUGGGCGUUGCUGGCACAGCUCGCGAAUCCCAAGGCUCGGCGAGCCCACUGCAAGGCCAUGGCUUCUACUUAUGGAUACAAAUGGACGGACGAGAACUGCGAGUUGUCUGGAGCGCAAAAGUCUCUAUGUCACCUGCUUGGCACGGCGCUCAAGGAAUGCCGCUGCAACCUCUGCGAGAUCACCAACAAAACCGACUGCGCCCAUACGGAAUGUGAAUGUGUUAAAUCUAUACUUCACUGACCACAAACGGAAAGCUCCCGGGUGCAAGCGAGCUAACAAUGUAAACUGUGCUUCAUGAUACAUAUAAGCCAACAGCCAUGAGCCAUGACACCUAUAGGUGUUCCUAGCGCUUUGGGCACUACUAUAGUAACGACACCUUUAAGUGUUUUGGCUUGGCGUUCAAAAAGUUAAGACUGUUACUAAUUUAAGAUUGUGUAGUUAUUUCAUGUGUCAUGUG